AUGAAUCGAAUUAGUUCCGGACGUCGUCCUCCAAUAGACUCUAAUUCAAUCGAAACGAAAUACCUCAUAUCAACUGUUGGACCAGUAUUAAGUCGUGGUUUAGCAGAAAUAGUCGAACGUCGUCCAAAUGAUCCUAUUGAAUAUUUAGCAACAUUUCUUUAUGAACAGGUUGAUGCUGCACGUGCUCAAAAAGAAAAAAACACUGAUGCAAAACAAUUAGAAAUUGAAAAACAACAAGCUGAAGAAGACAAGCAACGUCGUUCGCAACUUAAAAAUGAAAUUCGAGCUUUACGUCAACAUGAAGACAAUGAACGUAAACAACGUCAAGCUGAAGAAAAAAGUCGAAGAAAUGCAGAAGAAUUGACUAAACGGCAGAAAGAAAAAUCAGCCGCUUCUCUGCCAAUGUCAGCCGUAUAUAAAGAAGAUGAUGAAGUGUUUAUGGUUGAAUUCGGUGAAACUCAACUUCAUCGACGAGCUGCAACUCGAGGUGCUAAUCUUUCAAAAUUACUUCAUGAAAAUUAUCAUUCAAUUGCAUCACGUAAUGCUGAAGGAAAAACACCACGGGAUGUAGCGGUUGAGGCCAAUCUUCAAGGGAACGUUGAUCAAAUCGAUACAUUUUGUCUUGAAUUAUUUGAAAAAGGCAAUACAAAAGCAAUUAAUGAAUUACUUCUAUGUGGCUAUACAGAAUUAGUUGAUCAAUUGAAACAAAUUGAAAAUAGUCAUGAAGAUAUAUUUUAUUUUGUUAAUAAUAAAAUACCUAAAUUAUUAGAAAAAAUUCAAAGAUUACAACGUGCAAUAAAACAAGGCAAUAUGAAAACAAUUGAAAAUAUUCUUGCUAAUCAUAAAAAUAUAGCAUUUUAUCGAGAUUCAAAAGGUUCAUCAUCACUACAUGAUGCUAUUAAAAAUCGACAAUUUCAUAUAGCUUUAUAUCUCGUAGAAAAAUAUCCAUCAUUAGCACUAGUAAAAGAUAUACGUCAUCGUACUAGUUUUGAUUUACUUAAUUUAAUUGAUGACACUAGUUUAACUGAUGAACAAUUUAAUCUAUAUGAUCAACUUAAGCAAUCACUAAGUUCAGCUACAACUAAAUAA